AGGCUUCUGGAGCUUGCUCUCGUGUUUUCAGUCUGUCUUGCUCCUGCCCUGAGUGUUGAUAGGAGCAACUUCAAGACAUGUGACCAGAGCUCAUUUUGCAGACGUCAACGCAAGCUUGAGCCAGGGUCCUCUCAGUAUCGGGCUUUGCUUGGAAGUGCAAAACUGAUUGCUGACAAGCUUGAGAUUCAGCUCAUCAAUGACAAGACCAAGGUCUCUCUUCUGCUGGAAGUCUUUGGAUUGCAUGGAAAUAUGACACGCAUUAAGAUUAAUGAGCUUAAGCCUCUAAAACCGAGAUAUGAGGUUCCUGAUGUGUUGGUUGGGACGCCAACUCCUGAGAACCUACAGGUGACUGGGCAAGAUGACAACACUCUAGAGUUGUCCUUGGGAGGUGAAGGUCACAAGCUCCUGGUGACAGGAUCACCUUUUCGUCUGGAUAUACUUUCAGGCCAAGACUUGGUACUGAGUGUCAAUUCUCGAGGACUUCUUUAUUUUGAACACCUACGAGCAAGGAAGGACACUGACUCAGAAAAGACUGACGCUGCCUCAGAAAGUGAUAGCGAAAUUCCUGCAGAGGAGGAAGUUGUGAAAGAGGAGGAAAACAAGAAGGAAGAAGAGGAUGAACCUGGAAUGUGGGAAGAAGAAACCUUUAAAACUCAUACAGACAGCAAGCCUUAUGGUCCUUCUUCAUUGGGUCUAGACUUCUCUCUACCAGGAUUUGAACAUGUUUAUGGAAUUCCAGAACAUGCAGACAAUUUAAGACUACGAACAACAGAGAGCACAGAUCCCUACCGCUUAUAUAACUUGGAUGUCUUUCAAUAUGAACUGUAUAACACCAUGGCUUUAUAUGGGGCUGUGCCACUGCUCCUAGCUCACAACAUUCACCGCACUUUAGGUAUCUUCUGGCUCAAUGCUGCUGAAACCUGGGUAGAUAUUAGCUCUAACACUGCCGGAAAGACUCUCUUUGGGAAGAUGCUGCAGUAUAUGCAGGGAGGUGGAGAGACCCCUCAGACAGACGUGCACUGGAUGUCAGAGAGUGGCAUCAUUGAUGUAUUCCUCCUCCUAGGACCUUCUCCAAGUGAUGUGUUUAAGCAGUAUGCCAGCCUCACAGGGACCCAGGCUUUGCCACCAUAUUAUUCACUUGGCUACCACCAGUGCCGAUGGAACUACAAUGACGAGGAGGAUGUACGCAAUGUAGAUGCUGGGUUUGAUGAACAUGAUCUGCCCUAUGACGUUAUCUGGUUGGAUAUUGAGCAUGCUGAUGGAAAGAGAUACUUCACAUGGGACCCUAAUAAGUUUCCCACACCAAAAAACAUGCUGACUGGCUUGAAGGAGAAGAGGCGGAAAAUGGUAGCUAUUGUGGACCCUCAUAUCAAGAUUGACAGCGGUUACAGGAUUCAUAGUGAAAUUCGAUCCCGCAACUUCUAUGUUAAAACCAAAGAUGGAAAUGACUAUGAGGGCUGGUGCUGGCCAGGAUCUGCUGCCUAUCCAGACUUCACUAAUCCAGAUAUGAGGGCCUGGUGGUCCAGCAUGUUCUCGUAUGACCAGUAUGAGGGGUCUAUGGAUAAUUUGUUUGUUUGGAAUGAUAUGAAUGAGCCAUCCGUGUUUAAUGGUCCAGAAGUGACAAUGCACAAAGACGCUGUACAUUGGGGUAGCUGGGAGCACCGAGAUGUACAUAAUAUAUAUGGACUCUAUGUGCACCAAGCCACUGCUGAGGGUUUAAUCCAUCGUUCUGGAGGAAAGGAAAGACCUUUUGUCUUAACUCGAGCAUUCUUUGCAGGUUCUCAACGUUAUGGUGCUGUAUGGACAGGUGAUAAUAGUGCUGAGUGGGAACAUUUGAAGAUCUCCAUCCCCAUGUGUCUAAGUUUGGGACUUGCUGGCAUUUCAUUCUGUGGAGCUGAUGUUGGUGGCUUUUUUAAAAACCCAGAGCCUGAGCUGCUGCUUCGCUGGUAUCAAGCUGGUGCUUAUCAGCCUUUCUUUCGUGCUCACGCUCAUUUGGAUACACCUCGUCGGGAGCCCUGGUUGCAUGGAGAGAUCAAUACAAACCUGAUACGUGAAGCUCUUCGUGAAAGAUAUGCUCUUCUUCCCUACUGGUAUACAUUAUUCUACAAUGCCCAUCGUGAUGCAGAGCCUGUCAUGAGACCUCUCUGGGUUGAAUUUCCUACUGAUGUGUCUACUUUUGCAAUGGAUGAUCAGUACAUGCUUGGCUCUGCACUCUUGGUCCACCCUGUAACGGAAGCCAAUGCUCGUGAAGUUCAAAUAUAUCUGCCAGGGGCUGGAGAGGUCUGGUAUGAUGUACGAAGCUAUCAGAGCUAUAAGGCACCACAGAAGUUUUACCUGCCAGUUACCAGCAGCUCAAUACCAGUCUAUCAGCGGGGUGGAUCUAUAAUUCCACGGAAGGACCGCCCCAGAAGAAGCUCAGACUGUAUGGAGGUUGAUCCCUUUACUUUAUAUGUGGCAGUGGACUUGCAGGGUGAAGCACAAGGUGAAUUGUUUGUGGAUGACGGCUACAGCUUUAAUUACCAGCAAAAUGAGUUUUUUAUAUCGAGAAUUUAGUUACAGCCGUGGACAGCUAACUUCAAGCUCAUUGGAUCUUAAUGGAAAGUUUGAGACUCCUGCCUGGCUAGAGAGAGUUGUAAUCAUUGGAGCAGCAAAGCCCAACACCAUCAGCCUUCGUCUGUCAGAUGGAACCGUAACACAGCUGGAGUUUGAGUAUGAUUCACAGACCUCUGUAAUCACUGUACGAAAACCUGGAGUGAAUAUUUCAUCAGACUUCACAAUGUCCCUGCGAUAA